GGGGGAACGCAACGACGAAACGGAAGUCCCCCGUGAGCGUCUUGGUGGAAUGUAGGGAGUUGGCUAGCUUGAUAGCAAAUUAGCUUAAAAAGUCGACGAAUUGCCCCUGUCAAACAUUGGAGAAAUAUCGGGUGGUCUUGAAAUAAUUAUCCAACGAUGCCAGGUAGCUACGUUUUUGUUGCGCUACUGGCUAGUGUGCAUUCCAGAUACCAUUUGACCUGAAUUGUGUGUGCAUGUCACGCAGUUAGCCUUUGAGCUAAGUAAGCUAAAUUUGGUUGAGUUUGUUGCUACCACUACCAGCUAGCUACCUGCCAACAGUUUUAUAGCUAGCUAUAAAGACAACCCAAGGUAGGGAGAAGGCUUUGCUAGUUACAGAUUACGUAACAUCCACUCUGUACAUCAAAAACAGCUAGCUAGCCAAGUUAGUCCAUGUGUCAUCCAAUAUGCGUGUUUUUAAAUAUUUCAAGUUAGUUAGCGAGCUCGCGCUAGCCAAGUAGCUUUCUAGCUCGCUAGUAGUAACCCGAAUCCUUUUUCGUAGGGUGAUUGCACGCUGUGUUAGUUAUCUAGCGAAUGCUAACUUAACUAGCUAGCUAACUUGUUCAAUCAGGUGACUUGCUGGCUACAGUAAAUUUAGUCGAAACUACAACCCUUUUAUCACAAAUUAUUUUCAGACGGCUUAAAUUAGCUAGUUAGCUAGCUAUUGUUUGUUAGCUAGCUAGUCCAUGCUAGUUUUCUAAGUUCGCUAGCUAACUAUCACACUUGCUAGCUACGUAGUUAGUUAGCUAACAUUGUUUACCAUCUACUGUAACUAGCUCACUAGCAAACUGUGCCAAUACUCAAAAUCGGAGUUGUGCUGCGACGAACGGUAAUGUUAGCUGUAACUAACGGUACUCCAGUUAGCAAAUUGUCUGGCUGGCUUGUUGCAGGUAGGCCUCGAGCGCCAUGUGGUGUUUGUCAUCAUCACUAUUUUGUCUCAUGACAUGUGCAUCCUUCAAUGCUGACGAUACAGGUAACGCCGUUAGCUAGGUAUUGUCGAGCGCUUCCUUUAUAACGGUAGCAGCUGGCUAGCUAGUAGUUGUAGCCACGUCAGCUGGAAGCGCAGCCACUGACUCUCUACUCUAACUGGAAUGACACUAGUAAAGGUUAUGAUAACUAGCCUAACACUUUUAUCUGUGAUACUACUAACUAGCUAAGUAUAAAGUAAAAUAAUUACAUCUGCACUUUGUUAUUUGCGUUUUGGCAAGAUACAUUUUCAUGACAGUACAGUACUGUGUGGGUAGAUAAUGGUUUAACUUUCUGCUCUUAUGUUUAGGUACGUUUUUUGACCUUCAUGUUUAUUAAACACGUCAUUUAUUCAGUAUAUGCAAACUGAGCAUUACUGUCAAUUUUAUAAGCAUUUGCCUAAUUUUUCAAGUGGGCUGCCAUUAAUGCCUGUGUGAAACCGUUAACCCUACAGAGCCUGCGGAGAUGAACAGUCCUGAGAUGGCAAAAACACCAGGCGGCAGCAGUGCCCCCGGGAAAGAGAACGUGGCCAACGGGCACAAGGAGGGAGAGGGGGGCAACAACAACCCCUUCGCUGACUACAUGUGGAUGGAGAACGAGGAGGAUUACAACAGACAGGUCAGUGAUUUAGGACCACUCAUUAUGUACAUACACACACACACACACACACACAGAUAGACAGAGGGACACCUACACAGAUGUACAGACCACACACUAAAAGGUGAGUAAUGUUGCCCUGGGUAGAUAUUGCCAGGCCUUGUACACAGAUCUAGGAUUAGGUUACCUUACUCAGUCCCAACCAUUAGGGGACCUUCAACCAGAUUAAGGGGCAUGAUCAUUCUUCCUUGCAGAUUUUCUCAAGCUCUGUUAAGUUAGAUGGGGAGCGGUAGCGAAAUAGUUACCACAAAAUAAUUUGCCUUAUGCUCUGUCUUUCACGUGCCUUUUUGCAAACUCCAGCCGUGCUGUCAUGUGCCACUCUCCCAUAAAGUGCUGUAGAGACUAUUGUCCUUCUGGCAGGUUUUCCCUUCUUACCCGGUUGCUCAGUUUGGUCGGACGGCCAGCUCUAGGCAGAGUCUGGGUAGUUCCAUAUUCCCUUCCCCAGAUAUAUGCCUCAUCACAAUUCUAUCUCGGAGAUCUACAGACAGUUCCUUGGACUUCAUGCUAUAGUUUCUACUCUGACAUGCACUGUCAUGACAUAGACUGACCAGGUGAAAGCUAUGAUCCCUUAUUGAUUUAACUUGUUAAAUCCACUUCAAUCAGUGUAGAUGAAGGGGAGGAGACAGGUUAAAAAAGGGUUUGUAAGUCUUGAGACUAUUGAGACAUAGGUUGUGUAUGUGUGCCAUUCAGAGUAGUGUUAUAUACUGGUAUCACGGUACCAAAACGUUAUGAUACUUAUGACAUCAACAUUUGAGAAUACCGUAGUACUGUUUCAUAUGAUAAUACAAAAUUUUCGGCCCCACCGAUUUAAAGAACCCGCUGGCGCCUGUUUACAAAAUGCGUAUAAGUCAGUUUUGUUUAUAAAUUCAGUCUUCUGUUACAUUUGUACAUUUCAUACAUUGGAGCAGCCCGCAGAGCGAGCAAAGUUAAUACAUUGUAUCAUUUUAUCCCUGGUAUAACCAAGAGCAUAGGCCAGUCUGAGUAGGCUUUGCAAGUUCGCUGUCAAUCAAGAGGGAAAACGGCUUUGCGACAGGCAUGCUUUCAGCUUUAAAGCAAAGAAAACGGCUUGUCUCUAGCUCAAACGGCAAAAAGAAAGGACCCAUAUUACAUUGGAGCGUUGUGGGUCCAGCAUCCCUGUGGAAUGCUUUCGACACCUUGUGGAGUCCAUGCUCCAUCGAAUUUAGGCCAUUCUGAGGGCAAGGGGGGGGUACUCCAUAUUAGGAAGGUGUUCUUAAUUUUUUUGUACACUCCCCUCAGACCUGGACCACCCUCCAGUGCUCUUUGAGAAGGAGGCAAGGAUAGAGGACAUGAGGAAUCAAGGAAAUAAAUAUUAAGAAAUAAUCAACUGCUGCUGGCUGCUGGUUGUAACCCCCCCCCCCCCUUAUUUCCCUAUUGUGUGGUCAUCCCAGGUGGAAGAGGAGCUUCUGGAGCAGGAGUUCUUAGAACGCUGUUUCCAGGAAAUGCUGGAAGAGGAGGAUCAGGAUUGGUUCAUCCCCGCCAGAGACCUCGCCCCGGGGGUGGGACAGAUUCAGCAACAGCUCAAUGGGCUUUCUGUCUCCAACGGCAAUGCUGAUGAACUCGCGGUGAGUACCGUCAGAAUGUGUCAUAGUCUGCUUACUCUCUACAUUUACAUUUACGUCAUUUAGCAGACAUGAGCAGCAUGUCUGAUGAGCGUCGUCGACCGAAACGUCACUAUUUAUAGGGCCAGUUUCCCAGACACAUAUUAAGUCUAGUCCUGGUCUAAAAAGCAUAUUCAAUGGCAAUACUUCAUUGAAAGUUCUUCACAGUCCAGGACAAGGAUUAAUCUUUUGUCCUGGAAACCUGCCCUUAGUGUUCACCUGAGAGUUAAAAGCCUGAAAAGUUCAGUAUUUACUGUGGAGUGAAUCCACAUUCAGUACCUAGAUACCUUAGGGACGGUCCAUCUUCUCCAGUUGUUUGAUCAGACACCAUACCGCUCCUACUCUUAGACCGGUUUCCCAGAAAAAGAUUAAGCCUAGUCCUAGACUAAAAACCAUGCUCAAUGGAAAUUCUCCAUUAGUCCAGGAGUAUGCUUAAUCUGUCAGGGAACCGACCAUUCGCUCGAGAAACUAUCCUGUGAUGCGUUACAAUCCAAACUAUUUGUUCAGUGUCUGCUCUUUAUCUAUCAGCUUUUAAUGUUGAGGCCCUGUUAUUUUUACCUGUUCAUACAGGUUUAGGUCCUUUUGAUGUACUCCUAUACUAAAUAUCUCCUCUUUUUACAGCGCAAGAGCAGCUUGAACCCAGAGGCGAAGGAGUUUGUUCCGGGAAUGAAAUACUAGGGUCCUCCCGCCAGUAGGGGGAACCCUCAUAAAGACUCUUUGUGACUGCUGGCUUCCCAGCAGACACCCUUACACUCGCCUGCUUUUGGGCUGUGUGGGGUACAUGGGGCGGGGUUGGAGGGUGGGCUGGGGUAUACUCUUCAAUAAGCUUUUGGUCGCAUUCCCCUGCUCAGACGUUGCAUGCAUCAACCUAUGGUUACGUGCCAAGUCAUCGACUGUGCCGCCAGGCACCAGAUUGCUGUAAUUAGCUGAUACAUAAAAUACCUAUCAGGCGUUGUAAGAUCUGGAAUGCGUCAGCACCGUCUGAGCAGGGGAACACAACCUUUUAUUUCCGUUUUGUUCCUAUGUGGUAAACUAGGCCAGGGGCUGUGAUGGGAGCAGGGUGGGCAGGGGCCAUAUCAGUAUAAAAUAAUCCUAUUGGAUGGGAGGGGCCAUCAGUAUAAGAUGUUCUUAUUGGACAGACAGACGGCAGAACUGGAGGUCAGAUCCGCGUAGGAAGUUUGGUGUUUAUUUUUGUUCUUUCUUUAUCUUCGAUCUCUAAGUGCAGCCGUGCGAGUCUCUGUCACCGUGGUGAUCGUGGAUGGAGAUUUGUAUCUCCCCUGGUCAUUGUUGCAGUUUCUUUUUUUUCUUCAUGUUUUUCAAUUCCUCAGAGGCUGGUUUUAGGGUAGGUAGUGUCAGGUGUGUAGGGGGGAAGUGGGCUGGGCAAAAGAUUAUGGACAGAUGGCAGUGUACAGAAGGAUUGGAUGGAAUCUGGCUGCGAGGGCGGGGCUGACGGCAGGCAACUUGGAACCUGUGAGGGAUUCCGUGGCAACAAUUAGUUUUUUUUUUUGUUUGGUUGAUUUGUAAAAACUUCAGUUGAAAUCCUGUCACAGUGUGCAACUUGCAUUAACAAAAUGAGGACAAAAGUAUGAUGGAAUAAAGAUCAGGUACCCUCUCGGGGA